GUCUGCCGUCGGAGGGAACUUUUCAAGACGAGGGUUUUCGACGCCAUUGUGACGUCAGCAGCGCCUCUUUAUUCACCGCCGACCACAACAGCCGCAACAAAUGAACAUCCCUUAAUGGUUUGAUACUUUGUAAUUGCGUUGAAACUUCGAGCAUGCGUCUCCGAAAAGCUUUUUUGUUCCGCGUGAGCGUGAGAAAACCCAGCAUCUUUCAGGAGGGGAUAACGUUUUGGGGAUUAAAGUUAGAAGUCGCCGCUCACUAACAAAGCCAGCCGGAGAAAGUUACCAACCAGCACUGCACUAUAGCGGGAUAUCGCCUGGCCUGGGGAGCUGUUUGUCAACAUGUCUGUCCAGUCCCGGGUAGCCAGCAGCCUCCCAUAAUGAACAGCUCUAAGAAUGGGACAGCGGUGGCCAACUCCACUAAUGGCCUGGUCGACGGUGGGCUCGUGGUCUUGGAGUCUGUCUCUAUCAUCAUCAUAGCCAUAUUGGCAUGUCUGGGGAAUCUGGUCAUUGUGGUGACGCUAUAUAAGAAGCCCUACUUGCUGACACCCAGUAACAAGUUUGUCUUCAGCCUGACUUUGUCUAAUUUGCUGCUGUCUGUUCUAACGCUCCCCUUCGUUGCGGCCAGCUCUGUGCGUCGGGAUUGGAUGUUUGGGGUGGUGUGGUGCAACUUCACAGCACUCCUCCAUCUACUUGUCAGCUCGUCUAGCAUGCUUACACUGGGAGCCAUCGCCAUUGACAGGUACUAUGCCGUAUUAUAUCCCAUGAUCUACCCCAUGAAAAUCACGGGAAACCGAGCUGUGCUCGUUAUUGUUUACGUGUGGCUCCACUCCCUGGUCGGAUGCCUUCCACCGCUUUUCGGUUGGUCCGCUUUCGAGUUUGACCGCUUCAAGUGGACCUGCACGGUGGCUUGGCACAAGGAGAUCAGCUAUACCGCCUUCUGGGUUACGUGGUGCUGCCUUCUUCCACUAGUGGCCAUGCUGGUCUGCUAUGGCGUCAUCUUCCGUGUGGCCCGCAUCAAAGCUCGCAAGGUUUACUGCGGUAGCGUUGUGGUGGCUCAGGAGGAGUCCAGCUCUCAGAAGAACGGCCGCAAAAACUCCAAUACGUCCACAUCUUCUAGUGGUAGCCGCAAGAGCCUGAUCUACUCUGGGAGCCAAUGCAAGGCGUUCGUCACCAUUCUGGUGGUGCUUGGGACGUUUCUGACAACUUGGGGUCCAUAUGUGGUAGUUAUCAGCACCGAAGCACUGUGGGGUAAAUACAGUGUUUCUCCACAGAUGGAGACUCUAGUAUCCUGGCUGUCCUUUACCAGUGCCGUGUGCCUUCCACUUAUUUAUGGGCUGUGGAACAAGACGGUACGUAAGGAGCUGUUGGGCAUGUGCUACGGCGACCGCUACUACAGAGAGUCUUUUGUUAUUCGGCACCGCACCUCUCGUCUCUUUAGCAUCUCUAACCGGAUAACGGAUCUGGGGAUGUCUCCUCACCUGACGGCCAUGUUAGUGGGUGGUGGGCAGGUUGUGGGCCGUGGCAGCAGCACGGGAGACACUGGCUUCAGCUAUACACAAGACUCAGCUACAGACGUCAUGCUGUUGGACAGCUACACCUCAGAGCCCUCCCACUCAGCCCUCUGUGUUGCCAAUAAGAGAAGAAGUUCUGUCACAUUCGAGGACCAAGUGGAUCAGAUUCCUAAAGGUGACCCCUCAAUAGAACAAGUGACAGCAGACAUCCAUAACUCUUUGGACAGCUUUGCGUCCUCUCUGGCUAAGGCUAUAGAGAAUGAUGCCAAGCUACAACUCUUUGGGGAAUGGACUCAAAUUCCCACAAGUCUGUUUACAGUACGAAACACACAGAGAGCUCCCCGUUACCUGGAUGGACAGAGACUCAGGAUGGAAAGCAUCGAUGAAGGAAUAGUUAAAGAUGAUGAUGAGGACGAGGAGCAUGAGGAAAAAAUAGGUGACAGUUCCAUGUAGUUCUUUCACUCAGUGAACCACUUAAACAACCAGAACCUUGUGUAAUCUUUAGCUUUUAAAGGUACAGAACAUUCAACAAACACAUUGGCAAAUGUUUACAAAUAUACAGUGGUUUAUGUGUAAUUUACAUACUAGGUAACAAACUUAUACUUGAUUAUUUUAGAAGCAACUGCUGCUACUUGCCUUGGUGAGACCAAAGACCUAGAAUGAUGGCUGUACCUGCAAGGUAUCAGGUACUAGAAGCCCCACUGUCACUCACCAGAAUAAGUUGUUUUUGUAACAUACAAGAUAUUGUAAAAUCAUGUACAGCCCUCAUAUAUUGUCAGGUAUUUUGCCUCUUUUGGGUAUGUAUUAAGUUUACUCUUUUCUUACAAGGAAACUGUAACCACUCUGUUUUAUAUGUACUGACUAUUUGUAAGAAUGAAUAUCCUAGAGAAAGUUUUCUCUCAACUUUUCAAGUUCAUUAUUAAUAUAUUCAAUUAUUUUUUUAGUGCCACAAGGUUUAAAGAAAAUAUACCAAAUCUUUUGGGGGUUAUAUCGAUGUGGACAAAGAAAAAUAACCUAUUUUCAGGCCCUUACAGUGAAAGGGCCUGUAUUUUUUCAGGCAUUGAAUUGACAUUGAAGAAUCAUGUAAAGGACAGGAAGAUUCUGGGCAUAAUGUAUGGUAGAAUAUCUCUUAAAAUGCAUAUUAUUUUAUCCAUAGUUUCCGGUGGAAAAUCUGAUUAAAAUGCUUUGGCUGAAUGUAAUGGUGUGAGAAAGCAAGAACAAUAUAGUUGCUUUGUCUACAGAGUCAUUAGUCGAUGGUACAAUUGCACUUGAAGAUUUUACGUUUGAUCAGUGACUGAUCACAUUUGUGUUUUCACUCCUACCUUGUUCGGUUAGUAUACUCUGAAAAUGUGUUUUAAAAUAAGGAUAAAUCAUUCCUGUGGAAUCUUCUUUUUUUGCAUUGUGCCAGUCAUUUACAUUAGUGGUCAGAAUUAUUUGCACCCCUGGUAAAUAUGAUCAAAGAUGGCUGUCAAAAUAAAUCUGUUUAUCCUU